UUGUAGUAUACACUCGUGUAAUGUGUGCUGGAGGCUCAAUCACAGGUGAGGGCAGUUGGCCAGGACAAUGAAGGAGAUCAGCAAGGAGCUGACCACUGACCUGAACCUGGAGGAAGUGACGCCGCUGGACUAUUCGGGGGAUGAUGUCACUUCAAUUCAGAUCACAAACGGUGUUGAGAUAGCAUGCGAGGAUGUGGGCACACCGUCCCCCUCGGAUGGGGGGUGGGGAUGGAUUUGUGUCGGUGCAAGGUUUGUGGCUGUGUUUAUAACUUUUGGUAUCGUGUACAGCUUCGGAGUGAUCUAUGUGGAACUGGUGGAUGUGUUCAACGCUACCAGAGCAGAGGUGGCCUGGGUGGGGUCGGUCGCAAGUGGAGCUAUGCAUAUGGCAGGGCCUCUGUCCAGCCUGUUGAUAGAGCAGUACGGGUGCCGGGUGACUACCAUCGUCGCUGGCGUGGUGGCAGCUCUUGGCUUCUUCGUCAGUUCCUUCGCCCCUAGCUUGGCCUUCCUGUACUUCAGUUUCGGCAUGGUUGGAGGGCUUGGUCUUGGUCUGUCCAUCGUGCCCAGUGUGGUGGCAGUGACUGUCUACUUCAGGAAGAGGAGGAGUCUCGCCAUAUCCAUAUCAGCUAUAGGUGCUGGAGUCGGGACAAUGUGCCUGCCCCAGCUGUACAGGGCGUUGAUCAACCAGUACGGCUGGCGAGGCAUAAUGAUGGUGUUGUCAGGGGUAGCACUCAACCUCGUCGUCUGCGGGAGUCUCUUCAGAAUGCCACCUCAUACCAUUGCACAACAGCGAAAAAGAACACACCUAAAAAGACGUCCUCCACGUUGUGUAUCCUUCCAAAGCUUGUUCGUGGUGUUGAACCAUCGUCCUUUCCUCAUCUUCCUGACGGCAACAGCAUUCACGCACCUCGGUGUCAUGGUGCCGUAUGUGCACCUCCCCGACCUGGCUCGUCUCACCGGGGUUGCCAAGGGCGACGCCUCCUUCCUGGUUUCAAUCAUGGGUCUCGUUGGCAUUCUGGGAAGGCUUGUGUUUGGUUACGUUGCAGACUUUAGCUGUCUCAAUAGGAUCUUUUUUUAUGCCGUCAUGUUGUUGAUUUGCGGCGCAGCCACUUUUUUGUGCACGAUGGUAAAGACGUAUGCAUUGUUUGCUGUUUAUGCUGCAGUUCAAGGAGCGUUCAUAGGGACGUGGACGGCCUUCACCUCCAUUGUUGUGACUGACAUUGUUGGAGUCGACCAUACCGGCAACGCCCUUGGACUGACCAUCUUCUUGAGUGGGAUAUCUGUCAUCGUUGCCUCUCCUAUUGCAGGUUCCCUGUUUGACUUAACAGGCAGGUAUGUCGCGUCCUUCUACCUGGCUGCGUCUAUAUACCUCCUGGGUGGUUCGCUCAACAUGGCGGGUUAUUUAUACAUCAAACUGAAACAAGAUAAAGGCAUUAUCGAUUGACAACAAAUGUUUUGUACAGUUUUAAAUAUUCUUUGA